AGUUUUUCCUAACUGCAAAUUCGCUGAUAAAUGCUUGUUCAUCCACCCAAACUGUAAAUACGAUGCCAAGUGCACGAAGCCGGACUGUCCGUACACUCAUGCCAGUCGACGGAAUCCCCAUCCGCCUCCUAAGCCAGCACCGCUACCCCCACCGUCUGCACCCUCCAGCAGCCCGCUCUGCAAGUUUUUUCCUGCUUGUAAGAAGAUGGAAUGUCCGUUUUACCACCCAAAACACUGCAGGUUCAACACCCAGUGCACCAGACCCGACUGCGCCUUCUACCACCCGACCGUCGCCGUCCCGCCCCGCCACGCCCUCAAGUGGACUCGAGCCCAGAACAG